GGAGGGGGGAGCCCGGAGACCAGGUGCGACACAGCCCCGCCGCACCCACCGGUCGCGACGGCUUAAAAACACCGCGGCCGGACGGGACGGGACGGGACGAAGGCGCCGGAACCUCGGCAGCGGGUGGGAGCGGCCCAGGAUUUUAUUUCAUAUAGAUGUGAAGCUCCUAAACCAGAAACUCCUAUUUCUAAGGGCACCCAAGGAGAUGAGGUUUUUAGCCAGGCUGUCACAGGAACAGAUACUCCUAACACGUGAAAACCAGGAUCUGGGACACCCACGAGGGCUGCUUGGCUGAGGACAACAGGAUCAGGACCCUCCCUGCCGGGGAUGGACUGUGGACACUUAGCAGAGAGCAGCGAGGAGAUCUCCAGCCCGGGGGCAGAGCCCGAUUCCUCUGCCGGCAGCAGCACUUGCUGCCCGCCGCUGGCGGCCGGGCCGCGGGCCGGGCCCGCUCCCGCCCCGGGCCGCCCCGCCGCCGCCAACGCGGCCCGGGAGCGCAGCCGGGUGCAGACCCUGCGGCACGCCUUCCUCCAGCUGCAGAAAACCCUGCCCUCAGUGCCGCCCGACACCAAGCUCUCCAAGCUGGAUGUGCUCCUCCUGGCCACCACCUACAUCGCGCACCUCACCCGCAGCCUGCAGGAUGAGGAGGAGACACCGGGAGAGGGCCCGGGCACCCUGCGCGGGAAUGGGUACCUGCACCCUGUCAAGAAGUGGCCCAUGCGUUCCAGGCUGUACAUUGGAGCCACGGGACAGUUUCUGACUCACUCGGCACAAGGAGACAGCGCAAACCAUGGGGAAACAUCAACAUCUUCACAGAUCUAACCUCCCUUGAAAAAAAUGGUUAUUUAUUACACCUUAUAUAAAUAUAUAUUUAAGUUAAAAAAACUGUAUCUACAGACAAACUGUAAUUCCUGAAAUGCUGUUUGUAGAGGAGAAGGAAUUGAUUCUUAAAUGUAAUUAAUACCUCAUUAAGUUGACGUGACACAUCAUUGGUUUCUGUCACUGCUGGAUUUGAAUGAGGGGGAGCCGGUGGUGACUCCAGCAGCACCAAUCCGAGCAGCAGCAGCAAAGAGCUGCCAGCAGAGUCAAGUAUCCUUGUCCUCUCUAGGACAAGCGCUGUGAGAAAAGAGAGGAGGAGUUACGUGCUAAUGGCCAAGUACAGGGCAAAACAGGCUCGGGUGAAAAGAGAAGGGCAAGGCUAAAAAUAGCAACUGUAAUCCCACACAGACUUUCUCCACUGCUUAAAGCCGAUGGCAGAAAUCCCCUGACGGCAGCUGUCAGGUCAGGGCUCCAGCCAUCGGAGAGUCCUACACGUUUGUAGCUAUUGCUGGGAGUAUGGAUGCAUGUUCAUGGAGUAAAAAUGUGCUGAGAGACCUGUCCCUCCUGCUCAGAGUGCUGCAAUUUGGGCACUGCUUGUACCCACCCCAGGACUGUGCUGCAUGUUACACAGGGCUCAGGCUGUGCUUGCUCCCCCGGCACAGCCACCUGCCUGCUCACCACACCACGGCUCAUUUCUUUUAAGGGGUUCACAUGUUGGAGCAGGUGAACCCAAAGUGUUGGCUUGUUCACUUAAACAUCGGUAUUUAGGCAAGAAAAAAGGUGAAAGUACAUGCACAAAUGUCAUCUGUUAUAUCUGUUCUG